GAUAAAGAGUUCUAGGUAAGGAAUCCCGUGCUCCGUUACCAGCCACCAUCUCCCCUAAAAGGUGUGCGGUGCCGUCUCGUUUCUCGCGUGGAUUUAAACUUCGAAUGACCAAUUUCUCAUGGCGCGUGAUUCGCAGCGGGCAGACAGUCGCCUCCUGACGAAAGCCCGCACAAACGAGGCGACCACUGCGCCACAUACGCACGCGGCCAGCAAUUAUUCCCUCCCUAGUCGAGCCGAAGGCUGCUGGCGCUACCAGCAGCAUCGAUGAGACGUCCCAACCAAAGCUAACAGCAGCAGAAGCUACGUGUAGAGCCCGCGCAGCAGCACAUGGCCAACCACAGUUUUAGAUUACUAGUCGCACGGUUCGACCUAGUCGAAACUAGCAAACUAGUCACACCUAGCGCUAGGCUAAACGGAUUCAAGCACUAGGUGCACGGAAUCCUCAGUCGCCUCCGAGUCGUAUGAAACUCAAAGCCCACGGACUGUCGCCAUUUACUAGAGGGCGCCACCUGAAACUCGCGAAAGAAGUCUCACACUAAGGAUGGAUUAACUACUAGUAGUACCGCAUCUUCGCCCUUGUGAGCCGCCUAACACAUCGCGUCGUCUGGAUUGCUCGAAUCAUCGUAGCCUUUCCGUAGCCUUUUUUGGAGUUUUCCUGGCAGACGACUCGUUUGUUGUCGAGGUUUUAGCAUAAGCGCGCACUGCCCGUCCCUACAGUUUGUAUAUAAAAAGAACAUUUUACGAGAUUACUGUACAUCAGGGGUUUCCGCGAUACUAUCUCAGGUCAUUGGUCUGCUCGCAGUGCGAGCAGGAAAUUGGUCUUCCUCCGUUCUCGCACGUUCUCGCACGCUCUCGCCUUUCCCUCAUUUCUGUCCAUCUCCCGAAUCACACGUUAGGCCGCACAAGCGCGCGAACUCUCUCCGCUCCGCGCCAAAUCCCUCCGCUUCGCGCUAAAUCCCUCCGCUCCGCGCUAAAUCCCUCCGCUCCGCGCUAAAUCCCUCCGCUCCGCGCUAAAUCCGUACGCUUCGCGCUAAAUCCCUCCACUUCGCGCUGAAUCCCUCCGCUUCGCGCUGAAUCCCUCUGCUCCGCGCUAAAUCCCUUCGCUCCACGUUAAAUCCCUCCGCUUCGCUCUGAAUUCCUCUGGGCGGUGCCGGUCCGCGCGUUUCCUUCCGCUCCGCGCCUACUAAAAUGCGCUGUCCUGCACCCAGUCGACGCAGCGUCGCUGGCGCGAUGACCGUUGAGCCGAUUCAAAGGUUUCAAAAGACACCUCGCGGCUCCGCAGCGACCAGAAUGCGCUGCCCUACGCACAGUCGGCGCAGCGGCGCUAGCGGCGUGAUUCUCGCCGGCCUGCUGCUCCUCGCUGUCUGCGCGCGCUCGUGUGAAGCCGUGACCGACCCGGCGCAAGCCGCCAUUCUCAGCACCUUUGCCGCGUCCCUCGGCGUGGGCAACCCCUUCUUCAACACCUGGGCGGGUGGUGACCCCUGUGGGGAGAGCAGCGGGGUGCCAUGGCCCGGAGUUGCGUGCUCGGCUGCGUCUUCGGGGACAAACGUGGUGACUGCGCUCACGUUACCAAGUGUGGGGCUUUCAGGAGAGCUUCCUGCUUCCCUAUUCGACCUCACGACUCUAACCAACCUUGACCUGUCUCUGAACUCUGAUCUCUCCGGCUCUCUCCCCUCCAUCAUUGGUCAACUGACCGGCCUUCAAAUGCUCGCGCUACAGCAAACGGGAAUCAAAGGAGAGCUGCCCCCUUCUGUGUUUGGCCUCACGGAUCUAAGCCAUCUGGACCUUUCCUUGAACCCCACCCUCAAGGGCUCUCUCCCCUCCACCAUAGGAGCCCUCACUCGCCUCCAGUGCCUGUAUUUGUACGGGUGUGAGUUGUCAGGCUCGAUUCCAACGACAAUUGCUACUAUGGCCAGUCUCAGUCGACUGGAUAUCAAUGACAACUAUUUCUCGGGACCCCUUCCCACCGCGAUGCGCAACCUCUCGCAGCUCUACUACUUUGACGUGACCAACAACCAGCUGCACGGGUCUGUGCCCACGUUUGGCACCAGAGUGGGGCACCUGCACUUGAGUAACAACCUCUUCACAUCGCUUCCUUCCCACCUGGGCUCGCUGCACAAUCUCGUUCACCUCAUUGUCGACAACAACCUCUUGAACCAGGACUUUCCAAGAUGGGUCACUGGCCUCACGAAACUCCAACUCCUACAACUCAGCAACAACACUAUAUCGGGAAAGAUCACUACUCUCAAGAUGACUUCUUUAGAAACCCUGUCACUCUGCAAUUGCUCCAUGCCGCUUCAGAAGCUGCCGGCAUUCAGAGAGCUUCCAAAUCUCGCUCACCUAGACUUGAGCGAGAAUCAGUUCAAUGGGACCAUCUCUAGUGAUCUCUUCACCGCCCACUCCAGACUCGGCACCUUAAAACUCCAGAAGAACAAUCUUACGGGUGUAAUUCCUCCUGAGAUUAUCAACGCAUCUCUUCUCCAUCUGUCCACACUUUACUUGUCAGGCAACAACCUCACGGGUCCAGUGCCCAACCUGCUCAAGAUCCCCUCAUUGACGUUCAUCAAUCUAUACGACAACCAGUUUAGCGGGGCUCCCGACAAGCUACUCACCAACGCAAACGUCACCGACAGAAACGUCAGCUUGCAGCUCUACGGCAAUCCGCUCUGCUCACCCUACCGCACUCAAGUGGAGAUAGUCUGCCUUCCCCCUACGGGCGAUCUGGAGUACACCCUCCCUGCCUUCUGUGAAUCAGCGCACUGCGACCCCCUCUACCCCAGCUACCCAGCCUACUACUACCCCACCGACCCCAGCAUCCCAGAGGAUUGCCAGUGCGUGUCGCCGCUGAUAGUGGAGAUUCAGUUCAGAGCGGCGCAGUACUCGGAGUUUGAUCGCGAGAUAGUGAGGCGGCUUGAAUUGAGGAUAUGGAGCAGCUUGAAGGAGACGCCGAUUUAUGUGACGAUGAAGCCAGAGCAGGUCAUUGUCAGCAAAAUCACCACAUCUCCCAUCAUGUCCAAUACCAUUACAAUGACCAUCCACUUCUUCCCGCCUGUAAGCGACCCGACCUGGCAGCGGGAGCCAGCAGCCGGCCAGCCCAAGGCGAUAAUGGCCGCGUUUGACUCCCACAAAGCAUUGGAUCGCAGCGACCUUGGGCCGUACACCAUCGAGCGUGUCACGCUCCCUGCUACCCCUCCUGCUUCUGCCAAUGCCAGCUCACCAGCAGCAACAGCAGAACCAGCAUCAGGAGGAGUGUCAGUUGCAGUGAUCGUGGGAGUGGUGGCAGCUGGGGUGGCUAUCCUUGCUCUGCUGCUUGUGGGGCUGUAUUGGUUGCUGCUGCGGCAUCAAAAGAAGAAAGAGUGGUGGCAGGACGAGGACUACGAGGCCAUAGAGGGGCUGCAGAUUCAAGGCGUGCAGCGAUUCAAACUCAAGGAGCUGGCGGAUGCCACUGAGGGGUUCAGCUCGCUGCUGGGGGAGGGCGGAUACGGACAGGUGUACCAUGGCGUGUUGCCAUCUGGCGAAACUGUCGCGGUCAAACGGUCCAAGCCAGGAGUGCAGGUGAACGGCAAGGAAUUCCGCAACGAGAUCGAGCUGCUGUCGGCGGUGCGCCAUCGCAACCUGGUGCUGCUGAGGGGCUUCUGCGUGGAGCAGGGCGAGCAGCUGCUGGUGUAUGAAUUCAUCGAGAGAGGGACGCUGGAGGACAUGCUGAGAGGCAAGUCUGGCGCACCCCUGUCGUGGCAGCAGCGGCUGGACAUCGCGUGUGGAGCGGCGAGGGGGUUUGCCUACCUGCACCACCAGAUCAAGCCACCCAUCAUCCACCGCGACGUCAAGACGGCCAACAUCCUGAUCACCGGGUCAGGGGAGGCCAAGGUGGCGGACUUUGGGAUCUCCAAGGCGGUGCUGGAGGAGGGGGUGCGGCUGGACACUCAGAUCAAGGGCACUGUGGGCUACCUGGACCCCGAGUACUACCUCUCGGACCUGCUCACCGAGAAGAGCGACGUCUUCAGCUUCGGCAUCGUGCUGCUGGAGAUCGCCACAGGGCUGCGGCCAAUCACGGAGCAGCAGCACAUCCGGCAGAUCGUCAUCAAACGCGUCAUGGCCGGUGGGGGCGUGUUCAGCGUCAUCGACCUAACGCUGCUGGAGGCUCAUGGGGAGGUGGGGGAGGUGGGGGAAGACGCAGAGGGCAAACGGCAAUCCCAAGGCAAUCCCGGGGACUUGGAGGACCAAAGGCAAUCCCGGGGUGAUAGUUCUCCAGGGGGUAUUCCCAAGGAGGUGGAGGCGACGUUUGAGUGGUUUCUGAAGCUGGGGAUGCGGUGCAGUGGGCGGCAUUCGCAGGACCGCCCCACCAUGAUCCACGUGGCCACUGAGCUGGACGCCAUGCGGGCGAGAGUUAUCCAGAUCACAGGGCUCCGGGGAGGAGCUGCUGCUGGUGGCAGUGGUGGUGCUGCUGAUGCUGCUGUCAGUGGUGCCAUUCCUGCUGGCACCACUCCAACCGUCAACACUGGUGCUGGUGCUAGCAGUGCUGUGGGUGCGGGUGCGGGUGCGGGCGCGGGCGCGGGUAGCGAGCCAGGGUUCUGGGAGGAAAUGGCAGGCGAAGGGGCUCUGGUGGCAGGGUUCAACGAUGCCGAAGAUGAUGAUGAGUAUGGGCAGGAGAUAUAUGAUGAGAUGAUGCGUGAGGCUGGUGAAGCCAAGGGUAAGACAGGUACGACAGAGAGGGUCACUUCUAAGAGUGUGGAGAGAGGGUAUACAAGCGGCAGCAGUGGAGGUGCCUGGAGAGAGGGGGGGUCGACAACAGGUUGGACGACAGACAGCACCCCAAGCAGAGAGAUUUGAAAUGUUGAAAUGUGGCCAGCCUUGGAGGGGGACAUCAAAUAGUGUUGGUUAAAGCAUGCUCUCAAUAAGACGUCCACUGUAAAUUUAGAAUAAUAUGCUCCGCGUGAGCAAGUGAUGGGUUUUGCUUCUGGUUUCUGUUUCGUGCCUCGUUUUCUUUUUUCCUUUUGUGGCUCCAACUUCCAAGCAGAUAUGCAUAAUAUUUGGAGUUAUGGCGACUCAGUCACCUGCAAGUACGCCUGCUGGCCGCGCAUACUGCUUUUCUGUCUCGGAGGCGCGCUCGUCCUCACCCUUAUCGGCGUCUCCAUCUUCCUCAUCGUGCGCUGCAACCGCAAGCGUGCCGCGGAGCAAUACGCCGCCAAGGCCGGGCCCGCAGGAGCAGGCUAUCCGCCCGCAGGCAACGUGUAGCUAGAACAUUAG